AUGAAAAUUCAACAGAACGCUGUGAACGUGCUAGAACGAACCUCUGCAUACCUUCAAGCUGGUAUGAUCAAAAAACCUCCAGUAUGGUAUGAUGUUGUUGCAGCUACACCACCCUCAAAAAAAUUCACACGUGAACCGAAGUUUAUAAAUCCUUCUACAAAUAAACGUACUGUAGAGUUUAAGCCUUUGAAAGAUUAUUUAAAUAGAACCACUGGAUUAUACAAGACGAGAGCUAAUUCAAUUGAUAAAAAAAAUGCAGUCAGCUCUUUGUAUAAGAUUCCUAAAUUGACUUAUAUUGAGGAUAAACUUAGAAAACUAUUUUAUGAACAACAUCCCUGGGAAUUAACAAGACCUAAAAUUGUAAUGGAGAAUCACGGUGAAGUGACCUAUGAUUGGUCAAGAUUACUUCAACUUGGAAAACCGCUUGAUGGUGAAAGUGUAGUUCAAAGGACCCUGUUCCUCUUAAAAACUAAAGAGCAUAGAAAAUUAAUUGAUGCCUAUAACCAAGCAAGAUUUGAGUUCUAUAGGCUGAGAAUGGCAGAAGAAAUUCAAGAACAAGUUGCCCAAGAAGAAUCUGAAAUGUUUGGCGCAGUCUUUGGUUCAACUACUAUUGAAUUUGGUAUUGAAAAGGAACAAGAAAUGAUAGAUAGUUGGAAGGUGGAAGCUAUUAAAGAAACAGAAAUUAAUGAAGCUAAGAGAUCAAAAGAAUCUGUUUCAUGGAAGACAGACUCAUUAGAAGGUAAAGAAGAUGAGUUUAAUACUGGCGAUAUAUUAGAAGCGGAACCUGAAACUACGAACUAA